CUUUUAUGCGGGCUUUAGCGGGCGGGAGCGGGCCCAGAUACGAUCUCUUUCUGCGGGAGCUAGUCUCAGGCGGGUGUGCAGAAGUGCAGCAGUAGCGCUGUAACAGCAGGUGGCGCUCUUUCACUGGAAUGAAUGUAGAUGAAGACGUGGCUGUUCCUUUACUCAGCGCCGGGCUCCUGACCAAUCACAGCAGUCCGGUGUGCGUCUGGACCAAUCGCAGCAGUCCGGUGUGCGUCUGGACCAAUCGCAGCAGUCCGGUGUGCGUCUGGACCAAUCGCAGCAGUCCGGUGUGCGUCUGGACCAAUCGCAGCAGUCCGGUGUGCGUCUGGACCAAUCGCAGCAGUCCGGUGUGCGUCUGGACCAAUCACAGUGCGCUGUAAGCAGAUAAGCGGUUGGUCGCGAUGGCGUCUGCGGAGCUGAGGAAUCGUCUGGAGGAGCUUCUGAAGCGACUCAACAUUGACACGAUCUGUGUCGAUCAUCCAGAGGUGUUCACGGUGGAGGAGAUGAUGCCUCAUGUGGCUCAUCUGAGCGGCGCAGUCACUAAAAACCUCUUCCUGAAGGACAAGAAGAAGAAGAGCCUGUGGCUGCUGUCUGUGCGUCACGACCGGCAGCUGAACCUGAGUGAUGUGGCCAAGCGUCUGGGGCUCGGCUCAGGGAACCUGCGUCUGGCGGACGAGUCGCUGAUGCUGGAGAAGCUGAAGGUGGGUCAGGGCUGCGCCACGGCCCUCGCGCUCUUCUGCGACACCGACCGCAGUGUCAGGAUGGUGCUGGACCGUGACCUGACCCACGGCGGCCACCAGAGAGUCUACUUCCACCCCAUGACCAACAGCGCCACCAUGGGGCUCAAACCAGACGACCUGCUCCGCUUCCUGCAGGAGACCGGCCACGAGCCCGUCGUCCUGAGCUUCGACUGAGGUCACGCUCGUCUGGUCUUCAGGGGUGGUGGCUCUUCUGCAGGUCACAGGAGUGUAUGAGUGUAUGAGCAGCACACAUGCAGGGAUGUGGAGCAUCUGUGAUGCUGAGGGCGAGAGACGCUCCACAGAUUCAUCAGCUUUCUCUAAGAGUCCCUCUGCUGCCUUGAUUCAAGGAAAAGGGCAUAUUUUUUCUCUUGUUUUCAUUGCUGAGGGGUUCAUGAUAACAGAAGAGAGAGAAAUGGCAGGAUCUUGCAGGAUUGUGCCGCUCUUCAGACGAAGCUCCUCUCUGAUGGAGAACAAGAGAUGACAACACUUAGAGGAGAAACACAGAUCAGUCUCAGGAAACACUGCUGUGUGUGUCACCACUAUCCACUCGUGCUAUUUCUUGUGGGAUUUUAAUAAAAUAUGUCAUCUUUACAC